AUAUAAUUUGUGUAUAUAUAUAAAACACCGACUCCCUAAGCAAUGAAGGCUUCCUGCAAUUUAUAAUUGCAAUAUUUACUCCAAUUUUCCCUUUUCUGCACCAUCUUGGGAUUUUUCCAACCAUUAAUACAUUUCCUGCCCCUCAAUUUACACUCUCUCGUCUUCUACCAUUCCUCCUUCAAUUCAAUUCAAUUCAAUUCAACACACUCUCUCUCUCUCUACCUUUCUCUCUCUAUACUCUCUUCUAUACCCUCCUCUCUCCCUAUAAUUAAAUUAAGCUUUAAAGAAACCCAUCUCUCUCCCUUGAUUCCUCUUAUAUAUAAAUGGCCUUAGAGGUUCAAAACCAACAACCACAACCACUUGAACAAGGUCAUGUUAGUGGUGGUCUUGCGUCUCAUGACCAUGAUGUGCUCACCGGCCUGAGCCUAGCCAGUCUCCGUCGACCCAUCCCGGUCACUCUUGAUCUCUUUCAUACCAGCCAACCUUCAUCACAUAUAGAAUCAGAAGACCUCUACCCUCUUCCCUUAGGUUGCCAAAAGAUCCUCAAACUCAAGGCUCUUGAGAUAUCUAAUAACAAAAUUGUGAAAAAGAGGUACUUGGAAGACACAACAAUGAGUCGCCAAAACGGGAACGGACCAAAACUUGACUUGAAGCUGAAUUUGUCACCACCGAGGGCUAAUCGAGUCCAAUCACCAAGCCGAUCGGCAUCGGUGUCACCAACAUCACCGCCGAGUUCAUGUGUGUCAUCGGAGCUCAACCAAGAUGAGACCCUCCGCUACUCCAACAGCCCUGAAGCAACCUCCAUGAUGCUGGUUGGCUGUCCUCGCUGCCUCAUGUAUGUCAUGCUUUCCGAGGAGGACCCAAGAUGCCCAAAAUGCAAAAGCACCGUUUUGCUUGACGUCCUCCAUGACAACGCUGCCUCUGCCACCGCCACCGCCACCGCCACCACCAAGAAGACCAAGAAGAGCUAAGAAGAGCCAGAGUAGGCAGCCUCUUUUCAAAGCUUGUAAUUCUACUAUUACUAAGAGUAGGACUUAUGUUACCUCCCCCCAUCUUUUUGUCCUUUUUACCUUCGGCUAUUUGUGCUUCACUUUUAAUUUUAUAAGGUUCAAAAGCAUUAUCAAUGCACAUGUAAAAAGGUGAAGUUUGAAUAGGACUAUCUUUUUUUUUUUCUUUUUC